AUGGCCGCAGCCACGGCGUGCGGCUCCCCGCCUCCCCGCCCGCCCCGCGAGCAGCCGCCGCCGCCGCGCAAGCGGGGCGACUCCCGGCGGCGGCAGGCCGCCCUCUUCUUCCUCAACAACAUCUCCUUGGACGGGCGGCCGCCCUGCCCGCCCGCCGAGAAGCAGUCGCUGCCCGCCGGCCCGGGCGACGGGGAGGAGGCGGCGGCGGAGCCGGCCGGAGCUCCCCCGCGCCUGCUGCCCCCGCCGCCGGUAUGCCAGCCGCCGCCCGCCCUGCUGCUGCCCGGCGUGCCCGCGCUCGCCGCCGCCGGAGCCAAGGGGGAUGCGGACCCCGCCCGUGGGGGCAUCUUCCUGCCGCAGCUGCUGCUUGGCGGCCCGCUGUGCCCGCCGCCCCCGGYGCCGCCCGCCCUGCCGGGGAUGCUGGCGGCCGCCAAGCCGGGCACCCCGGGGCUGCUGAGCCCCACGCAGAGCGCGGCGGGCGGCGGCUUCGCKCUGGAGGCGCAGCGGCAGAGAACCAAGCACAUAUCUGGUUCUCCAAGACACAAAAGUUUGAAGAAGAUGCAUUUCAUCAAGAACAUGAGGCAGUAUGACACCAAGAACAGCAGGAUAGUGCUAAUCUGUGCUAAACGAACACUGUGCGUGGCGUUUUCUAUCCUACCUUACGGGGAGGGGUUACGGAUCAGUGAUCUGAAAAUGGAAGGACAGAAGCAGAGACAUCCUUCUGGRGGAGUUUCAGUCUCUACUGAGAUGGUGCUUGGACUAGAAGGAGUAGAGCUGGGUGCUGAUGGCAAGGUUGUGUCCUAUGCAAAAUUCCUGUACCCRACCAAUGCUCUGGUUGUUCGCAAAGCCGAUGCCUACGGUGCUGUUCCCCUGUGUCGAGCCAGUGCUCCCCGGAGUCUUCCUGGAUCAAGAUACAAACCUGUGACAGCAAAAACGAUACCAGCAGGGACAGACCUUGGAAGUGAAGCUGGGGAAGCUGCAGAGUAUGAUCCAAAUCUUCUGGAUGAUCCUCAGUGGCCCUGUGGGAAACAUAAACGUGUUCUCAUCUUUGCUUCUUACAUGACUACAGUCAUAGAGUAUGUGAAACCCUCAGACCUUAAAAAGGAUAUGAAUGAAACCUUYAGAGAGAAGUUUCCUCAUAUCAAGUUGACACUGAGCAAAAUUAGGAGUUUAAAGAGAGAGAUGAGAAACCUGAGUGAGGAGUGCAGUCUGGAGCCUGUGACUGUCUCCAUGGCUUAUGUUUACUUUGAGAAGCUCGUCCUCCAAGGCAAACUCAACAAACAGAACCGCAAACUGUGCGCUGGUGCUUGCGUCCUGCUCGCAGCCAAGAUCAGCAGUGACCUCAGGAAACACGAAGUUAAACACYUAAUAGAUAAACUAGAAGAGAGAUUCAGAUUCAACAGAAGGGAUCUCAUCGGUUUCGAAUUCACCGUCCUUGUAGCUUUGGAACUGGCUCUGUAUCUCCCWGAAAACCAAGUUUUACCUCAUUACAGACGGCUCACACAACAGUCUUAACCAAAGCUCUGUCCCAGCCAGUAUCCAGCUGUGCUGGGCUCACAUCCCAGGAUGCUGCUGGUGGAGGUGCCACUGGCUCCAGCUCGUUGGGAAGGCUGCAAGGUGUUGGGAACUGUUGAGGUCUGUGGACACAGAUGCCAAGUCUGGGGGAUGGUACGAGAAGAGUUAUUGAACUUUUGUUUUCUUUUGGACAUUUAAAGCACAAAUAUUCACUAGUCAGCUGUCAUGGCGGCUUAUUAUUCCUUAUUUAUCUUCCUGGUUUUACUAAAACUGUUCUUCCCUAUGAAGAAUACUAUGGUAUUGGUUCUUUUUCUUUUGUUUUAAGUCUUUAUUGUAUUCCUUGAAACUGAAGGAACAUCACUUCCAUUCCAGUGCACCACAAAGUUCAGAUGUUUCUAAGAACCUUCUCUCAUUUUUACAUUAAUGAAAUGCAUACUUUAUUUUUUUAAAGAUGUGCCUAAAACUGGCUGGUCUGGUACCAGUGCUUUUUAAGUUAGUUCUGUUAUUUAGUGGGGAAUCCUGAAUUUGUAUAGCCAUUUAUUCUUUACCUGCAUUGGCCUUGCAUACCAGGAAAACAAUUCCAGUAUAUCUGCACUAAUAAUAUACAGGGCAUCUAUUCUAUGAUCUAUAAGUAGCGAGGUUGAAAUUACUCCAUUUCAAUUUAUUUACUAUAAAUACCUUAAAAAUACACAUUUUACUUAAGAAGGAAAGGUGGUUUGAAAACCUGUCAUGAAGUACCACACRUUGAACAAGGUAGCUGGGAAGUGAUUGCCGUCCUAAUUUCACUGUUGAGAGGAAGAUGAGCACUUGACUGAGAGCAAUUUGCUGUCAAAUGUAUCAUUGAGAGGUUUUAUUUGUUUCACUGUUCCGUAGCCUGAAAUAAGCACCUUUUUAGUAUGACUGUAUUAUAUAUGGUCUUAUCUGAGCAAAUAUGAAGCCAGUAGAGUUACUGCUGCCAAACGAAGCCAAUGAAACAAAGCAUGCUCGGGAUUGAAAAUGCUACUUUUUUUUACUCUGUUCUUCCAAGCGUUGCAUCACUGUGAUGGUCCUCAUAAAACUGGCAUUUUUCUUGCACAUCUGAGCAGCCACUACUGGCUGGUGCCCAGCACCUCUAGUGCAUACACUGAGGUUAAAUAACUUCUCUGCCCAUUGGCUGUUCCUUCCUUUGUUUUUACAGUAUCCAGGUUGGGAAUGAAUUYUUGAUUCUAUGUGGAACCUUCUGUGGUAUUGGCUCUUGGGUUUAUUUUCUGAAGCAAUAUUAUGAUACAAGUUACUGUGUCCGUUUGCAAGGAACAAAACUGAUACUUGGUUAUUCCAACUGAGAAAGAUGUAAUUUAGGUUGGACUUGUAAACUACCAGACCUCAUGCUGAGGUCGGGGACUCGCUAUCUAAUAUGUAAAGUAAUGUAAAUUCUUGUUCCUUGUAUUAAAUAUUUGUCGUAGCCAAAACCAAAGCUGAACUUUGCUCUUCAGCUGUGUUUUGUCUGAAGCUAAUUUGGCUUCMUUAGAAUUGCAGCAAACUUUACUGGAGCCCCUUCCUCUUCGUGUGGGGCUCAAAAUGUAUUUUUCAUAUAUAAUAAUUACAGUGAYGAUCAAAUCUUUUGUAACUGUGUUCAGCUGUAUGUAGCUUCAAAUUAUUUGUGUAAAACUUAAUAUGCUUGUGGUUUCUCUAACACAGAAGGAAUUUCCAGUCUCCAGAAGUGAGAUGAUAGCUAAUAGCUUAGACAAUAAGCUUGCCAGUUAUCUUCCAAAAGGUUUAAAACAACUGCCUACUAGUUAAACUUUCUACUGAAUAUAACUGUCCUUGCAUGCAGAAAUAGUGAUGUACUAAACAUCUAGCCUGUAAUGAGCUCCAAAUUAGCAAACAGUGUUGCWGACAGCUGAGGUGGUCCCCCACUUCCCAGGGCAUUGUGCAGGGGACAGAGGUACAACAGAGCAAAGAAAUUUCUCACAGAACAGCUUGAUUAACAUGAAUGCAAUCUCAAAGUGUCUUUCUCUGGGAACUUCUUUAUUUAGUGUAUAAAGAGUUUUCUGUAACAAAAUCAACUUUCCUUUCUCACCAUCUAARGGAACAAAACACACUUUGGUUUGCAACACUUUGCAGUCUCUAUUCAGUGGAAGUUUGUCUAGUUCAAGUGGCCAUUUGGGCUGUAAUUACACUCCCAGAAUGGGCAGGUUUACGUCAUAAAACCGGCAAGCUUUUGUUUUCUUCCAGGAGAACAAAUGGGAUAAAGCAGCAUUAAAUUACAGAAUGCUGAAUGUUGUCUAAUAGUUAUUGUAGAACUUGGCUUGGGCACACACUUGAGUUGGGAAGCUGCUGGGAGCACGGGCCAAGGAUGACGGAGCAGCGAGGGCUGUGCCAGCCUUGCCUGGCAGAGUUUGGGGUUGGGRUGAUGCUGUCCAGAGCCCCGGGGCUGUGCACGGGGUACUCGUGUGUCUGUGCAGGAACAGCCCUUCUGCAGGGAUCCACCACCAGCUCCGUGUGCGUUUGUUUGCCUGCAGCUUCUCCCCUUUCCAGAGCGCAGCUUGCAGUCAGUCCUGUGCGGGAAUCUCUCUCUUUUCACUUAAAAGCUGCCACCAUGUGGCAAAGGACUAUCAGUACCUUGUCUGUUCACAAACAACACCCAAAGCCAGACCCAAAUCUGCCGGUUUACGUUUGCACAGCCAAAYUCCUCUUGCUCUGAAGAGAAACAGGUUUACACCCAGGGGGGGUCUGGUGCUUUGUGAAGGUGCUGCUGGGGUGGCUCAGCACGGAGAACUCUCUUGAGAAGAGCCUGUACAUUUUCCUGUAAACAAAAACUCUUCUGUUUUGUCAUACUCCAUUAUUUAAAAGUCUCGGUUGUAGCCUGGUUUUGGUUUGU